GGAGAUGUCGGCGUUGUUCUCGCGAGAUGUGACGGAAGCCUGUGGGGGACCCGGCCGUUCGUGUUUGGCGCGGCCCGCGUUCCCGGAACACUGAGAGAGACCGCGUGACUUCGAGGAAGUGGAACAACUGCUCUUCUAAGCAGUAGAGUGACAGUUUUGAAGAAGAAGCUCCUGUUUUCCUAUUGACCAGUUCUUGAGGAAACUGAAAAGAAAAAAUAAGAAGUUGUUCCAGUCCUUCUAGUUCAUUGCCAUGAAAAGGAGGAUAUGAUAGUUUGCCCUAUGAAACAGACUUAUAUGUGAAAUCUGACAGGUAGCACGACGACCUGUGGAAUAUGAGUGAUGACAAACCCUUUUUAUGCACUGCCCCUGGAUGUGGCCAGCGUUUUACCAAUGAGGAUCAUUUGGCUGUCCACAAACAUAAACAUGAGAUGACACUGAAAUUUGGUCCGGCUCGUAAUGAUAGUGUCAUUGUGGCUGAUCAGACACCAACACCAACUCGAUUCUUGAAGAACUGUGAAGAAGUGGGCUUAUUCAAUGAAUUAGCAAGUCCUUUUGAAAAUGAGUUUAAAAAGGCUUCUGAAGAUGACAUUAAGAAAAUGCCUCUAGAUCUGUCUCCUCUUGCAACACCAAUUAUAAGAAACAAAAUUGAAGAACCUUCUGUUGUAGAGACAACUCAUCAAGAUAGUCCUUUACCUCAUCCAGAAUCUACUACCAAUGAUGAAAAGGAGGUGUCACUGCAGCAGACUGCACAGCCCACAUCAACAAUAGUUCGUCCAGCAUCGCUACAGGUUCCUAAUGUGCUACUUACGAGUUCUGACUCAAGUGUUAUUAUUCAGCAGGCAAUACCAUCACCAACGUCUAGUACUGUUAUUACCCAGGCUCCAUCCUCUAACAGACCAAUAGUUCCAGUUCCAGGCCCGUUUCCGCUGCUGUUACAUCUUCCGAAUGGACAAACCAUGCCUGUUGCUAUUCCUGCAUCUAUUACAAAUUCUAAUGUGCAUGUCCCUGCUGCAGUUCCACUUGUUAGACCUGUCACCAUGGUGCCUAGUAUCCCAGGAAUCCCAGGGCCUUCCUCCCCACAGCCAGUGCAGUCUGAGGCUAAAUUGAGACUGAAAGCAGCCUUGACCCAGCAGCACCCUCAGGUAACAAAUGGAGAUACUGCCAAGGGACAUCCAAGUGGGUUGGUUAGGACUCAGUCAGAAGAGCCACGACCACAAUCACUACAGCAACCUGCAACUUCAACAACCGAAACACCGGCAUCUCCAGCUCAGCCUACACAACAAACACCAAAUACAGGUGGUCGGCGAAGAAGAGCUGCUAAUGAAGACCCUGAUGAAAAAAGAAGGAAGUUCCUUGAGCGAAAUCGAGCUGCUGCUUCCAGAUGCCGACAGAAACGGAAAGUCUGGGUACAGUCAUUGGAGAAAAAGGCUGAGGACCUGAGCUCACUAAAUGGCCAGUUACAGAAUGAAGUCACCCUGCUGAGAAAUGAAGUGGCACAGCUGAAACAGCUUCUUCUGGCUCAUAAAGAUUGCCCUGUAACCGCCAUGCAGAAGAAAUCUGGCUAUCAUACUGCAGAUAAAGAUGACAGUUCAGAAGACAUCUCAGUGCCAAGCAGCCCACACGCAGAAGCUAUUCAGCACAGCUCCGUCAGCACUUCCAACGGUGUAAGCUCCACUUCCAAGGCAGAGGCGGUUGCCACCUCGGUGCUCACGCAGCUGGCGGACCAGAGCUCGGAGCCCGGGCUUCCCCAGGUCGGUGUGGUGCCACCCUCCCAGGCGCAGCCCUCAGGGAGUUGAUUAGGAACUUGGUUGCAUCCUUUUCUUAGGUAUUCGUUUGUGACUUUAAAGGGAAACCAACAACAGACCAGUCUCCGGCUAGGAGAAAUUGUAGCUUAAAAUUACUCAGUUUUAAAAUUCAAACCUAAAUUUGGCUUUAAGAUUGGCAGGUGAAGAUGAGACAGAACACCAGUUAGAAGUCUCAUUGUAAAAGCCUUUUUUUUCCUCUUAAGUGUUAGGUUUACUAGUUAUUUUUGUGCUUAAUGUGUAAAGUGUAUGUACAGUACAAUGUGGUUUAUUUCAUUUUUAAUUUGGUAUUAUUUCAACAAACAUUGGGGUGAGUUACUAAAGUUCAUCCCCCAGACUGUGAUAGUAAUAUUGUGUGACAUUUUAUACCAAAGUUCUGCAUAGUCCCUAUUGACUUUGUAACGUGAGCAAGGUCAUAAAGCACUAGGCAAGAGAAAGACAGUAACAGUAAAUUUGCUUUUAGUCUUUUUGCCUUUUUGUUCUUUUGCACAUUAUGAGAGGAAGAAGAUUGGGAGAAAAAUGUUUGGGUUAUUUUAUGUAUAGCAUUUUGGUUGGCUUUUUAACCGUUGGGUUUUUAAUUUGUUUAAUAGGGCCAGUACAGUAUAUGAGAUACAGUACUAUUAUGCACAUACCUGUCCUAAAUGAGGAUCAUUACUAAACAGAUUUUUUUUGGUUGUUUUUUGUUGUUUUUUUUCCCCCUCCAACACUUUCAAUAUGAGGGGAGGAGAGCUUUAUUUCUCCUGUAAGCAUAGGUAUCUGUAACUACCCUUUGUUGUUCAGCUGAAACCAGUAAGCAUAUUGUGAAGUACGAGGUUAUCAAGUAUGGAAUACUUAGUAUUCCAAAGUAGGAUGAUAUUCUGUGGAUUUUCGAGUCGCAGACUGAGUUUACUCAUGGUUUUGGAUGCCAGAAAAGCCUAAAAUCCUUCAGACAACUCAAGACUUUUUUUUGUCAUUGUCUUGUAUUUGCAAGCUAACUUGUACUUAAUUCUUGUGUAAGCACUGUCAUCUUUUAGUAGCAAAAAUUUUGAUACCUUUCUUGUGGAAAAAAGAAAAAAAAAAAUCAGUAUCUACCGUAUCUUGGAAACAAUGUAAUUAUAAUGUGGUGUGUGUGGUGUGUGCGUGAGAAUGGUUCAGUAGUUAAUGCCAGCAGUCUUUUGCUUGAAUGUUUAAAGAUGCCUUCAAUGUGAUGCUGGCUGAUAGGCGAUUGCAGUUUUAAAAUGUUAUUUACUGUGCAAACUUGGAUAACUAACAUUCCAUGAUGUAGUUUGUUUCUGAUGAAAUGAUUGUAGGUACACUUUUUCUCAUUAUCCAAUCAUCUGUAGGAUAUUGAGUUUUUUAAAUGUGCCAUUAUCUAUUUUGAUUCUGUAUUCAUGUUCAAAAUACAGUACAAUAUUUUACAAUAGAUUAAGUUGUUUAAAAAAAUAUAGAUGUGUGCUUUCAGGUGGGAAAACUUUGUAUAAUAGCAAAAACAGAUGCAUAGUAGCAACUGGCAGUAAAGCAGGAUUCCAUUAUGUAUAUAACAAAGAUUUAAUGCAUUUAUAAUGGGUUGUGUAGUUCAUUUGCUCUUCCUUCUCCACAAUAUACUGCGUGUUUUUAAGUGUCGGUGCCAUCAGAUUUCUAUUUGAUUCAGUUUAAAAUCUAAAAGAAAAUGUAAUUGAUCCACAGGAAAAUCAUGGUUUCUACAAUAUAUAUACAACCGUACUAUAAUGAAACUGGACAAAGAGAUAUCUAGGUCAUAUAUGUAUCAUCACAGGGCUUUAAGCAUGCAGAUAACAAGGACUCUAAAUAUUUUGUAUUGUAAACUAAGGAAGUUGAGUUGAUACCCUCAUGUGUUUAGAAGUCUUACGUUCCCAAUUUCAGGAAUAAACAAUAAGUUAUUGAUCAUUUCCGGGAUGGUAACUUACAAUGGGCGUCUUGUGAGAAGGAAAUGAAUUGCAAAGGCACAAAAUGUGAAUUCUGCAGGAAAGCUUUACAGUCACUUUUCAUUGUAGUUUUGGUGGCCGAGGUGAGGCCUUCUUGAUCGCGCUAUAAUUUGCUCUCCUAAACACAAAGGCUUUUUAAAUCAUAUUUAUAUAAGUGAUGUUUUUUUAUAACAACUAUCACGCUUGUAAAAUAAGUCUUCAUAAGUGUAUAGGAGACAUGCAAACAGUUAAUGAGUUUAACAGUGGGUCUGGAGGAAGAACCAUUAAAAUCUGUGUUCAGCGAAUAGACAGCAGUUAUUAGCCGUACUACCAUGGAUUCUGUUUGGAGACGUAUGUCACACUAAUUCUGUACUUAGCAUUUUGGGUCUUUACAUUUGACAUGUUCACAAACUGUACUGUUUUCUUUUAUGUGCAGUUUGCAUGAGUAAAUCAUCAAAGAGAAUAAAAUCUAUCUUUAAGUUAUGUUCCUAUUUUAAUGAAAUUAUAAUUGUUCUAAAAGGCA